ACAGAAAACUUAUUUUUUCUUCAUCUUUUUCCAUUAUAAUAAAUACAUCUCUGAAAGCGGUCCAGGGAGCCACUAGGGCGGCGCUAAAGAGCCUGGGUUUUAAGGUGUGUUUUUGCCACAUGUCAAAGAAGAACUCAUUAUGUCUUGUGUGGACUUCUCUGCAUGUUUUGGUCUUGGCCGACAUAUUGUGUUGGCGUCAUUCUGCCUCCCAGUUGCACUUUUCCCAGCAGGACCUCCGCGUUAAUGACCUGCUUUCCAUCCCAACCCCCCUUUUUUUUUUUUUUUUAACUGAAGUCUGGAAGAUUUUUGUUUUUAAUUGUCGCCAAAGGGCUCCUGUAUUAAAGUGCGGGAGGCGGGCUGCCGGACUCAGAGGGUCCGAGGAAGGAGGUCUCCUAUUGGACACCCAGAUGACUAUUUAACCCGCCUGGUCCAGAGAGAUGUGAGGACGUCUUCAUGAGAGCAGGGUCCAGAUGAUUUCCACGUUGUGUUUGGUGAGCUGCUUCUCAUGGCUUCCAGGGUUGCUGGAGGCCAAGUCCUUGCUGAGCGCCAUCGAGCAGGAAGACAUGGUUCCUGUCGGCGACGUCGCCAUCGGUCCUGAGAGAGCCAACGACUUCCUGACCCGCUCCAGAGCCAGGAGGAACGCCGACACCCCAUGGUAUCGAGUGAACCCGGACUUCCAGGCCUACUAUCGCUACUACAGCAGCAUCGGGCACACGGAGGGGCUGUACGAGAUCGACAAGCUGAGGAUGUUGUACCAGCAGAUGAGGUACUUGGAGACCACCUACGGCCCCAACGCCUCCUACUUCCAGAACAAGCUGGCGGUCCCGCAGAGAAUGUGCGACCCGGCCACCGACAAGAGGUGCAAGGUGGUCGCCCCCGCGCCUCCCCCCAUGAAGGGAGUCCCCAUCCCCGUGCCCGAGCCCACGGAUCCGCCGGCCACGCUCCCCCAGGUCCCUUUUGUUUCCCAGGCGGACGUCCUGUACCUGUGCAACAGCAAGGACCCCCUGUGCAAUCCCCACAUCGUCUACCUGCCCACCGGCGCCGUGCCCGUCCUCUGCGACCCCCGCUACCACCCCCACUGCACUCCCCAGAAGGCGCCGCCCGCCCCCGCCGUGGCAGAGCCGCAGCCGUCGCCCCCGCUACCCCCGAAGAAGUCGGUCCCUCCCCCGCUCAUGCCCAUCCUCGUCAAGAAGUCCCCACCGCCCACCCCCGUCCGCAUUUUCAAAGGCAUGGAGUACGACUGCGACCCCUACUGGGACCCCGACUGCCUCAUUGACCACCCGCCCAGGCCCAUAAAGGGGCAGAUUGUGGGCCCACCACCACCACCUCCUCCUCCUCCUGUGGAGGAAGAGAGGGAGGAGGAGGAGCCAGCACCCCCUAGUCUCCCCAUGCAGAAGAAAGCCUUCCCCUACUACAUCCCCUCUGUACCCUACAACCCCCGCGAUGACUUGUACGACCCGACCCGCUUCCAGUACCCUCAACCAGAACCGCCUGCUGACGAGACCCAAUAGGGACCGUCUUUAAAACCAGUUUGAACACGUUGCACAGAGAUGUCCUUGAACGCAUCCUAAAGCUUUAAAAUAUACGGAAAAGUCCAAAAGCAUCGGCAUUAAUCAUGUAUUAUUAUUUCAUUUUUUCAUAUUCCAUCUCACACCUAAGAAAGAUGUUUCAAGUCCAAAAUAAACGUUGGAAAAUAA